CGCGAACCGAAAGAGUGGAAACAGCCAGUCGACCACACUCUGCUUUUUUGCCGGAAGGAAAAUUCGUUUUUCAUUUCCCCAAAAAGUGUGACUCAGUUCGUUUUUCGUUUUUGUGUGCUAGUAGCGGAGAAAAUCGUUCAAGAUGAUGUCCUUACCGGGAACGUUUGCCUGUGACGAAUAUGGGCGCCCGUUUAUCGUGCUCCGCGACCAGGAGAACCAGAAGCGGUUAACCGGCAACGAGGCCAUUAAGAGUCACAUCUUGGCAGCGAAGCAGAUUGCCUCCAUCAUUCGUUCGUCGCUCGGACCGAAGGGUUUGGACAAGAUGAUGGUCAGUGGCGACGGUGAUGUCAUGGUCACGAACGAUGGUGCCACAAUCAUGAAGGAGAUGGAUGUGGACCAUGAAAUUGGUAAGCUGAUGGUACAGCUCAGUCAAUCACAAGACAAUGAAAUCGGCGAUGGAACGACGGGUGUCGUUGUGCUGGCGGGAGCUUUACUCGAACAAGCCGAAUCCUUGCUCGAUCGGGGCAUUCAUCCGAUUCGUAUUGCGGAUGGGUUUGAACUGGCCGCACAGUGUGCCGUGAAGCAUCUGGACACGAUCGCGCAACCCUUCCCUGUGUCACGUGACAACAAGGAACCUCUGAUCCGUGUGGCCAUGACCACGCUCGGCAGCAAGAUCGUGAACAAGUGUCACCGGCAGAUGGCCGAAAUUGCGGUCGAUGCCGUACUGACGGUGGCCGACCUCGAGAAAAAGGACGUGAAUUUCGAGCUGAUCAAGCUGGAGUGCAAGGUGGGCGGAAGGAUGGAGGACACCUGUCUGGUGAAGGGUGUGGUGGUGGAUAAAACAAUGAGCCACACGCAGAUGCCGACCGUGAUGAAGGACGUGAAGUUGGCGAUUCUCACCUGCCCGUUCGAGCCACCGAAGCCCAAGACCAAGCAUAAGCUCGAUGUGACGUCCGCGGACGAUUACCGCAAGUUGCGCGAGUACGAGCAGGAAAAGUUCCUGGAGAUGGUAAAGCAGGUGAAGGAUGCCGGUGCUACCCUGGCCAUCUGUCAAUGGGGCUUCGAUGAUGAGGCGAACCAUUUGUUGCUACAGCAGCAAUUGCCCGCCGUCCGUUGGGUUGGUGGACCAGAAAUUGAGCUGAUUGCUAUUGCGACCGGUGGAAGGAUUGUGCCGCGGUUUGAAGAGCUGACGCCCGAUAAACUUGGAACGGCAGGUGUUGUUCGGGAGUUAAGCUUCGGCACGACGUCGAACAAGAUGCUGGUGAUUGAGGACUGUAAGAAUACGCGAGCCGUUACGGUAUUGAUCCGUGGUGGUAAUCGGAUGAUUACGGAGGAAGCGAAACGCUCAAUUCACGAUGCGCUAUGUGUGGUCCGUUCGUUGAUUCGUGACUCGCGUAUCGUCUAUGGUGGUGGUGCUGCAGAAAUCAGCUGCUCCCUGGCGGUGGCUCGUGAAGCCGACCAGUUGUCCACGCUGGAGCAGUAUGCGUUCCGUUCAUUUAGUGUUGCGCUCGAGUCGAUCCCAUUGGCUCUGGCGGAGAACAGUGGCCUUUCGCCGAUUGAAACACUGGCUGAGCUGAAGGCACGCCAAGGAACAGAGAACAGUUCCACGUUCGGUGUGGACUGCAUGCUGACGGGCAAUUCCGACAUGAAGGAUCAUCACGUGAUCGAAUCGCUGCACUCGAAGAAACAGCAGAUUGUUCUCGCUACCCAGCUUGUGAAGAUGAUUCUGAAAAUCGAUGAUGUGCGAACCCCGUCCGAUCGUUAAGUUCGAAAUGGGAAGGAGAGAAUAUUCCUUACGUAUUUCUCACACAACGCGCACGCAUCUGCAACACUUAUGAUAGGUUCUUGCAUUCACUAACACACAAACCAUUUGGCAGGUCGGAGAACAAGCAUACUUUCCUUUCCUUUUAAGUUUUCCUCAUGUUGCAUCGCCUGCAUUUCUUUUCGAGAUGAGGCUGCUAAGUACUCUCCUGCAUGGUCAAAUCACACACAUACAUACGCCCGCACUAAAGGAUUUAAAAGGACUUAACACUUAAGCGCUUUCCUAAUGCUCGUUUAAACAAUAAACGGAAAUGUUUCCAUACCAAUAUUAAGCAUGUGUACUAUUUAUAUAAGGUUCGAAAACAUCAUUGAGCUUACUACAGCGAAUUAUGAAGCCUUUAGACCUUACGCUUGUGGUUUAUUUCUUUUUCAGCUUGAAUUAUUUUACAACUUUGCA